AUGGUCGUAACCGAUCAAGCUACUUUAGUAGCUUCUUGUCGCACGAAAUGGCGCGUUGGAGAGCGUCAAAUACCUGAAUCACGUCAUCAACUAGCACGUGAUGUGAUUACGUCGAACGAAGCGCAUCCAUUGGCUAUGACAAUGUCUUUUUCUCGUAUAAAACACAUUAAUCGAGCUGUCUCAUCACGUUCUCCACGACAUUCUACGUCUAUUGCUCCUUCUAGUGACUCAAUUGGUACGAAAAAGAGUGAAAAUGAAGUCUUAAGAGAGCUCGUGAUACUUCAAGAUGGAGAUGUGGAUCCUUUGGGAGUUCUCACGUCGUCUAGCGAUGGAAAAAGAACGUCUCACGAGUCUGUAGUGAUGAUGACGAAAACAAGGUCAAUUGACGUCGUUUCUACGGCUAAAGGACCUUAUAAAGAGGAUAAAACAAUGCCACGUACAGUUAAAACCAAGUGGGAGGAACAUACAGAUUGCCUCUUGGCGAAAUAUGCAGAUUAUACGUUCAAGAUUAAAGCAAGUAUGCUCGAAGUGAAUGAGGUUGAGCCAGAGCUUUUAUUUGAUUCCACGAGCAAUUUAUACCACAAGGAAGAUACGAUAAUGACUGUAGAUGCAGCUUCAGUAAUGAAGAAAACACGUGCAAGGCUUGAGCAAUUGGAGCGUGGAGGACGUGAGAAGACUCGAUCUUCUGUCUUGGCACAGGAUGAAGAAACUAUUGAAAUCUCACAGAGUCAAUAUGUUGCCAAAGUGAAAGAAAUGCAGACGAAAUUACUGGUCAAUUGGGAACAGGAUCAUAAAGUUGAGGCACUUCGCAUUGCAAUCAAGUGCGUUAAACUACUGGCAGACAUUGACACGGCACCUCAAUUGUAUCCAUGUGUAUUUGUAUUGGUGAGUGAAGUGCUGGAUACUUUUGGAAAGCUCGUGUAUGAUCGCAUUCGUACACUAGCAUCCGAGGAUGAAAACGGACAGCCACUUUCACAGCCAUUAGGGGAGCAUUUUACAAGCUCAGAUAUUAAUGUGCAAGCUACUGAAACGUGUCGCAAUUGGUUUUACAAGUCGGCUUGUAUUCGAGAGCUUCUUCCACGAAUUUAUGUCGAGGUUGCAUUGCUUCGGUGUUACUGCUUUCUUUGCGAUGGCGAAUAUCCGCAGAUUGUAGCACGGCUAUCAAACAUGAUCAAAGGUAUCGGCGAGCCGAUGGUUGCGUUAUACGCUCGUCUGUAUUUAUCACUGACCAGUUCGGAGCUAUUGGGCACCUCUUCUCCAGCUGACCAGACUGUCGUAGUGAGCAGUAGCCUAUUUGAUUACUUUUACGCGUUCCACUGGUUUCGACAGCAUAGGCUUGAGGACUGGUUGCAUACGCACAAAAUGGAAUACGGAGAGUACCUGGCGCUACAUUCUCCUGCAGUGGAGUGGCUUUGUAAAUGUGCGGCUCCAGGCGCCACACAGGAAACCUUUGAUUCGCUCUUGGCACACUCUCAAGCAUAUUUUGACAGCUCCAUGGUGUUGAAGCAUUUGUGCGAGUGUUUUGGCGCUCAAUUCUAUGCCUCGACACCAAGUUUAAUGUUGGAGCUAAUUCGCACUGCUUCUCCAUCGCUUGUUUCCAAAUGCCAUCUUUACAGUUUAGUUGCAGUGCAACUUAGCAGUGUGCUUGCAGUUGCUGAGAAUGAAUCAGGUGGAAAGCUGCAGUUUUUAAACAGUUCCUGGUCAUUGAUUACUGCGCAAAACGAGAUCACGCAGUAUAUGGAAUGCGCGGCAGCUUACAUGAAGCUCAUUGUGGCUCAUUUCUCGCAUCGCGAGGCCCUCAUUCUCCUAAAGGAUGUUGUCCGCCACCUGAACGCAGCUAUCCCUGAGGAGCUUACGGCAAAAACGUACAAUCUACUUGGUGCCUUGAUUGAAAAUGUAGUUUUCGGCGCCAAGCAACAUUACGAGUUCUUUUUGAGACUUAUCCCGUCGCACCCUUUUUUGACUCUUAUGGACAUGUUCAAGCGAGAAUCGAGUGUGAAUGUGGCGAAGAAAGUAUUGCGAGCCUUUGUUGGAGGAGAUAUGAAGAAAUCACUCAACCGUUCAGGCACCUUACGACUCCACGUCGUUGGUCCAGAGGCAGCUGUAGCGCACACACUCUUGGUUGUAUGUUGUCGCGUGCACGAUGCGCUUGACUCUCUCAGUACCGUGUCAGAGCGCGCUGAGGUUAACCGCGACAUAUCGGCCUUCAUUACACGGCUUGGAUACGUCAAUGAAAAGGACGAUGUGAGUGAAAGAGCACAAGAUGAGGAAGUAGAAGCGCUGCUUAUGCUUUACACAGACUGUCGUCGCGCGUUUUACAAGCUGGAGUCGAUUAAGAUACUGCUGUCAACGAUGGUUCUCCGCUUAGCGAUGCACGUACACAAACGUAUCAGCGGUAGCGUGGUGUCGGUUGGGAGCAAGAAGCGUGCUCAUGUGCGUCGAAACUUUGUACAAUCGUGCUUAGCAUUCGCUCACAUAACGAUACCAUCAAUCGAUGCGCCACUUGAAAAGCUGCAGCUAAUGGUGGCGGCGGCAAAUGUAGCGUUGGUAACGAGCUGCAUACCGCAGAUGGACGCAAUGGUGAAAGCUGCCAUUAUAUUUCUCGCAGAUCUUGAUCUCAGUGCUGUUCGGUCUAGCUGCAAUAGCAAUAAAGAGUCAGGGAUGAUGAGCUUUUUUGCUUCAAGUCACGGUGCUGCUGUUAAACUGUUUGGUGUGAUGGGCAUCAACAGCACCAGCAUUAAAAUUGAUCAGGUCGUGCAAGUGAUCGCUCAGUUGGCAAGCGUAUUGGUGUAUGCUCCAUCAUUGAACGACGACGAUGCGUUUUAUUAUAUAAAUGCGCUGCGCAAAGCUGUUUUGGAGCGUAUGGUAUGGACUUCACGGACCUUGUCCUCCCUGUCAUAUCAACUUGAAGCGGGUGUUGCUCGUGUACGCGUGUUGCUCAUGCUUGUUCAAGUCUAUGCGAUCUGGGCACAACGGUCACUACCAGAUCGUCUAGAGAGUGUAGACUCGAAUGACGUGCUCUACUGUGGCGAUGACUCUUUUUACAACGAAGUUCAAGCGCGCUUCAGCUCGGUUGUUGAAGAAGUAGCACGAGACAUCGAGUUGUUAGGUCAAAUUAGCAAGGACAGCGACAGCGACAACGUGGGGAGCGCAGUUACUGACCAAGUAAUGGCAGCGCAGAUUGAGCUCAUGUUGGACGUUGUCAACUUGGUGGUACCUUUGCUCGAGUAUGACGAAACUCGACCGGAAGAAGCUCUAGUCACAACCAAUCCAUAUUGGGGAGAUGAAUUUACCGACAAUAGUCGAAGCGGCAGUCGACGACGUAAGAAGUCUCGUUCUGGUACUGUGUUGGUCUGUAAAUGCAUGAUGUACAGCCACGAGAAAGUAAAAUUGCUGAAGCAAGCCAAGCCAAGAGAUACUUCGACAAACCAACUGCAGAUGGCCACGUGGAUCUGUCUCUACUUUAAUAGCACGCGAGCGUACGUCGUCAAUUUUAUGCUGGAAAUGUCGAAGCGCACUGCAGGUAUUCGUCGAGACGCGACAAGUCAGCAUACAGUCCAAACUCUUGCUGAUGCUCUCAACCAGCUUGUGCUAUAA